AUGCCGGAGAGUCUCGAGCAUAUUGACAAAAAUGCAUCAAAAGAGCAGAAAUACAAACAGGUUCUUGCUGAAAUCAAAAGUUUAGUUCAAUAUGAAAAGGAUUUGAUUGCGAAUCUUGCGAACAUCAGCGCAAUACUCAAAGAAAUCUUCGCAUUUUGGUGGGUCGGAUUCUAUCUAGUUAAAGAUAAUCAACUGAUCCUUGGCCCAUUUCAAGGUCCAUUAGCAUGUACAAGGAUUCAAAUGAACAAAGGUGUUUGCGGCGCAAGCUGGGCUCAACAACGGACUAUUUUAGUACCGAAUGUUCAUCAAUUCCCGGGCCAUAUCGCUUGUUCGUCAGCUUCCUUGUCGGAAAUUGUUGUCCCAAUUAUUCGCCGAGCAUCGUCGAACGAUGAACAAGGACAAGUGUUAGGUGUACUAGAUGUUGACAGCGAAUUUGAAAAUCAUUUCGAUGAAAUCGAUCAACGUUAUCUCGAACAAUUGGAUCCCGUGCGCCAAACUUGUUAUAACUACGAUCAUCUCGUGGAUGAAAAUGAAAGUAAUUCGAUCGUUUUACAAAUGAUUUAUCACAUCUUUACCUUCGGUUUGCUUACUCUACCGGUGCUUCUAACAGAACCUAUUAUUCCUAAUUCGUACGGACCCGUUUCACCAUCAUCAUAUAAUUACUAUGCAUAUCAACCAUCUCAACAACAACAGCAGCAGCCACAAACACCUUCACCUUAUUUGAAUAAGCGCAAUCCGAAUAAUGAUCCUUACUCAAACUCUCAACAAUCAUAUUCAUCCAUAGCAACAGCUUAUGGUUCUGCUGGUUCGAAGACAUCAUCAUCCAAGCAGUGUAAAUUACAUAUCAAUUGUCCAAAUGCAAGAAAUCGAGUGACACUUGAUAUUCAAGGACCGGCAGGCCCGCCUGGUCCACCAGGAAAACAAGGCAUGCAAGGACCAAGUGGUCCACCCGGAUUGCCCGGCCCACCAGGUCGUGACGGUCACUCAAAUAUCAAGUCUGCUUUUUUUGUCGCAUUGAAUAACACCUACUCUUUGCAAGCAGAUUCGUCUAUAAUCGUUUGGGAUGAUAUUUUACUAAACAAGAAUUAUCAUUUGAAUAGAACAACAGGUAUCUACUAUGCUCCAAUCAACGGUCUCUAUGAAUUUAGUUUAACUGUUUGUGUGCCGGCAAAUCAUAUCGCAUCUGUUUCUCUAUGUAAAAACACGGAAAAUGUUGCCCCACUAUGGGUGGAGGGUUAUUUAACAGCUGUUAAGAAUCAAAGAGUACCCGUUUGGAAUACGGCGUCGACAACUGUGGUUUUAUUUUUGAAUCGAGGCGAUCGAAUAUACAUUCGUGCCCAAUCCCGUAAUGAUGCCGACUAUAAUUUCAAAACAUCACUAUAUGGUUGGCGAUAUACUACAUUUGGUGGAUUUCUAAUUCACGAAGACAAUUAA